AUGGCUUCCUUGUCUGGGAUCGUUCAACGACCUUUGGUUGCGGCUGCUGCUCUUGCUGUAGCUUCAGUUUCUACUGACAUCUCUGAUAAAUUGCCAUCUCACAGAUCCAAUGACGCUUGUUCUACCUCGGAUUUAUCACAUUCUUCAUUGCAUAACACCUUUCAAGAUUCAAAGUUAUCCUGGGUUUCUCACAUUUCGGUUUCUAAGCUUGCAAACUUGUCCUUUAUCUCUAGAAUUCGAGUACCUAUGCCCAAUAUUAACUUCCCAACUCCCAAUUUGGGCGGCAAAUUUGUUCCCAAGUUGCUAUACUCUUCGGUUGCAUCUUCACCUGUUCUUCUUAAUUUGUAUCAGUCUGCAGACUUGGUUAAAACAGCAAACCCAACUACAUAUAAGCAUGAUAUAUCCACUUCCCCCUCUGAAGUCUCGUACAGAUGGCAUUUACCUGAGCCAAAUGCCAUAGAUGUUUCCGGUGCUUCUGGUUGCUCCUCGGCAAAGUUCAGGACUGUGGUGGUUUUACUAGGAUGGUUGGGAGCAAAGCAAAAACAUCUCAAGAAGUAUGCCGACUGGUAUACCUCAAGGGGUUUUCAUGUAAUUACCUUUACUUUGCCGAUGUCUGAGAUUCUCAAAUACCAACCUGGUGGGAAAGUUGAAGAGCACAUCAACUCGCUUGUGAGACAUUUGGCUGAUUGGUUAGAGGAGGAGCAUGGAAAGAAUCUGGUUUUUCAUACUUUUAGCAAUACUGGAUGGCUAACGUAUGGGGUAAUGUUGGAGCAGUUCCAGAAGCAUGAUCCUUCUCUAAUGGGCAGGAUUCGGGGUUGCGUUGUGGAUUCUGCACCUGUUGCAGCACCUGACCCACAGGUUUGGGCUUCUGGUUUCUCAGCAGCCUUUCUGAAAAAGCAUAGUGUAGCAGCAAAUGGAACCGUAGACUCAAAUGAGUCAGGGAUGGAUGCUUUGGUUGGCACCAAGGGAGUAGUGGCACCCAAACCUGCAGUAACUGAAGCAGCUUUGCUAGUAGUUUUGGAGAAGUUCUUUGAAGUGAUUUUGAAUCUUCCUACAGUGAACAGGAGGCUUUCUGAUGUCGUGGGGUUAUUGUCAGCCCGACAACCAAGCUGUCCGCAAUUAUAUAUAUACAGCUCUGCAGACAGGGUGAUUCCUGCAGGGUCGGUGGAAUCAUUCAUAAAGCAGCAACGGAGGGCUGGACAUGAGGUUAGGGCUUGCAACUUUGUGUCCACACCUCAUGUUGAUCAUUUCAGAAACGACCCGAAACUGUACACUUCUGAGCUAACCCAGUUUCUGGAGGACUGUGUGCUUACUUGUUGCAAAGAGUCUCAUUUAUCUUAA